AUGCUGAGCAAACGGGAUAACAAAUCCUAUAGUCUGCCCAUUAACUCAACGGGUCUAUCAGAUACAAGUGGAAGUUCACCAGCAGCACCGACUCUCGACUACCACCAGAAAACCCCCAGUGCCGCAGUAGCUGCUGUUGCGAAUGUUUUUGCCUACUGUACGGGGGCGGCCUCCUCGGGUCAUGGUUCGGAUGCGUUGGACGGUCUUCUGCGUCCACCCAUAGUGGCCACUGGCAACGGUAAUACCCUCGCUACUGUUGGUGGCGGCGAUGGUGGCGGUGGUCUGGUAGAUGAGACGGAAGAUGAUGACGAGGACUGUCUGGGGUCUUCUCAGCCUCCUGACCUACCCAGCGACUACUCUGUCGUGGAUCCUGGAUCAGGAGCUCUUCCAUUUGGUCAGUUUGGCCAGUCACAGCAGGAGGGACCCUCGGGCUACGCACCCAGUGCAAAAAUGUUUGUGUUGCCUCCUCCUGGCCAUCAGCAUACUCGACUGCCGGAUCUUGUGGCUCCGCCUGAUGUCUGUUUGAUGAAAUCACAAGACGAGGUGGGGCUUGGCGAAGAGGUCAAAGAUAUUGUUAAUUGUUCAGACAAAAAUCCAGAUAGCCAUCAGGCCAGUGCUGGGGGCAGGGAGAUUGAUGGAUUGAGCGAACAUGCAGGGACUCCUUUAAUGGUCAGGCCUGCGUCGGCCCUUGCCAUUACUGACGGUCACUUCGUGGAUUCGGAUUUCGAUCCUCGUCCGUACUUCUGUGGCCGUUCUAGCCUUCUGAAGGUGCCUGCAGCAAAGCAUCGUCCCAACCCCAACCUCUCGACUCCGUUUGCAGCUCAAGAGUCUUCGCGAUGUGCUUCUGCUGCUGCCGGCUACACGAACAGUCCUUUCAGUAAUCCUCAUACCAGGCAUGCCUCGGGUUCUGCCACUUAUCUACGUAGCAAUCUAAUGGUAGUGCCCUCUGGCAGUGGGGGUGGCAGCAGUAGCAAUGGUGGGGGUAGUGGCGGCGGUAGUGGAGGUGGUGGAUCCUACCUUUCCGACUCUGACCUCCAACAGACUUCUCAUCACAUUGCCUCGGUCUCCUCCUCUCCGGGUUUGCGCACAAAGUCGAUCAGUCCCACCACUUCAUCUCACGAUGCGCUCUUCGCUCACUCGAGACCGCAGCACCAGAUGAUACCCCAUCCUCAGGCACCUCCACCUCCACCUCCCCCUGAUCUCCUAUUCUGCCCCACAAGUACCACAAGCAACGACUUCUUUUCUCCUAUGAACUCAGAGCCGGACGGACCGCUGCAACUGCGUAAAUCUCCGACGGUGAACUAUUCGACCGGUGGGGAGGGAGUUAGUACGACACCUUGGGACGGUGGGAGUCUCUCAGAUCAACGCUCGGGUGGAGGUAGUGUUCUAGCUCCAGUGAUGGAUGACUAUCCGCAGCAUCCACAACAUACCUCCUCGUCUAUGUAUUUUUCCAUGAGAGACAGUGUAGGAGAUACCGGUGGUACCAGUGGUAGUGGAGAUGCUGGUCCCUCACAGACCUGUGGUGGAGGAGCUGGGGAAACCUUCCAGUCGCGGCCAGGUGAGCAAUCUUUCAAGUCCUUUUGUUGUCUGCUGUUAUUACGAUGGGCAACUUUUCUUUGUAGUUCCAACUUGGUUUUGAUUCUAGGACUUUCACUUUAUGACAACGAGUUUUCUUUCCGUUUUCUUCAAAAACAAACCCACCUUUUAGGUGUUCUACGAAGAUGCGUCCCCGGUACGAUGGCGGUUGGUGGUUUUCCCCCACGGACUGAUCUCCCCUUAGCCGAAAACUUCAACUCCUUUGUUGCAAUUGACUCCGUAAAUUCAAUUACUGGCAGCCUCCCCUCUACUUCUCCCUCAGUCCCUGUCCCCCUGAAGCGCUUUCGACGACACUAA